AUGGACCCCUUUACUCAUCUCGGCGAUUUCGAGAUUGCCCCCAUUAUCGAGCUCCUGGAUCCCAUCGAUAUAAUCCGUCUACAGCGUGUCUCCCGCACCUGGUACCGCCUCCUCACCUCCGAGUACAUUGCCCGCAUCGCGCUCAUCUCGCACUUCCCGCGCACCGCCGAGGCCGUCGAGUUCCGCGAAAGCCUCCCCAACCCGCACAGCGUUGUGCUGCCCUACCGCCGCGCCGCAUACCGCUUCCACACACGCCGACUGGGGCUGCCGACGAGGGUGCAUGAGGUGCUGCUGGACUGCAGCGACGAGGCCUCGAUCGAGUGGGAUGCCGCCGACGGCUAUGCGGCUUGGACUAGCCAUGAGGACCGUGUGCUGAGGGUGCAGAGCCUCGAGGGCGACAAGAGGAUAUUGCUCGCGCUGGAUCCGCUGUGCUUGGAGGGGGGCGCCGUAAAGAUGUCGGAUCUGGUGAGGGCGAGGAUGAAUGUGCAGAUGGGGAAGGGGUUGCUCGUUGUGACGUUGAACUUCUACGAUUCGCCCAUGGACGGCUACGGCUUUGGACGGAGAGCACUAAUACUCGUCUUUGCAAUCCCCAGCGCAAGACUCCUCUGGAAGCUGCCCAUCCUGCUCCCGCAGCGCCUCCUCGGCGAAGUCGACUUUGCCCAAGACCGCCUCACCUACAUCCGCAAGACGCCCAUCGCCCAGAACCGCGCCACCCUGCACUUUGUCGCCCACAACAUCCUCACGGGCGAGACCCUCCUCGAAACCGAGCUCGAGCGCUCCUCCGAGAUCUCAAACGGCGACCAGUUCUUCGUCAUGGUCACCGACCGCCCCUUCAAGCGCCUCAUCAUCCUCCACGAAGACACCGACGCCCUGCCCAGUCUCUGGGGCCCCGUCUUUGUCCGCGUCUUCUCCAUCAACGACGGCCCCCCCGGAAGGCUCCUCGCAAAAUACGACCUCAAGCACUCCCCCUUCCUCGGAAACCGCUUCGGCGACAGGGCAUUCGUCGAGAGCGACCUCUACAUGGACUACCCGCCCAAGGGCGAGGUCUUCUGGAUCGUCGAGAGCUGCUUCGUCUUCAUCGACAAACGGCCCCCGCAGCCGCCCUGCCCAGGACACCCUGCGCCCUGCACCUGCACAUACGAUAGCGACACAGACACCGCCGUCGCCCCGUCAACCGUCUCCUUCUCCGCGUGGAGCGUCCAGCCGAACCCGACCGCGCCGGCUGGCUUCGAAAUGGUACACAGCAUAUACCGCUCCACCAUCGACGAGGGAAAGGACUUUCAGCGCCGCUUCCGCAUCCCCAUCGACGACGCGGCCGUGCCGGCCGUUCCGGCCACUGUUCCGCCGGCGGCGGGAGUAGCGGCGGCGGCGGCGGUGGGGGCGGCGGUGGGGGUCGUGGAGAAGAAGGAGACGUUCCGUGACCGCUGUCAGCGAUUCGAGAUCUUCCUGCCGGAGGAGCAGUGUAGUGCUACGUUCUAUAAUGUGAAGCCGAGCGGGGAUGCGGGCGCGAUGCGGCGCUUCAGGAUUGAUGUGGGCUCGUAUCGCGGCGCGGGGGUGGGGACUGGCGGGGAGAGGGUGAUGGUGCAGAGUGGGCGGAUGGUGGUGAGGGUUGCGGGUGGGGGAGGGCGGGCGUGGAGGUGUGUGGAGGGGGCGUGGUGGAGGUGA